CUCAUCAGAACAAGCUAGAAGAGAUGAUCAAUGAGUUGGCAGUGGCCAUGACAGCUGUAAAGCAUGAACAGGAGUACAUGGAAGUCCGUGAAAGAAUACAUAGAGCAAUUAAUGACAACACAAACAGCAGAGUGGUUCUUUGGUCAUUCUUUGAAGCCCUUGUACUAGUUGCCAUGACACUGGGACAAAUCUACUACCUGAAGAGGUUUUUUGAAGUCCGAAGGGUUGUUUAA